AUUUCCUUAUCCGGGGUUCCUUCUGGAUGUGCGCCAUUGGCCGACUGUAGUCACGUGGUGUCUUAACUUUGUUCACUUGACAGAAAAGUAGGAGGGUUCAACGGAACAGGAAUAACCGAAGAGUAAAGGGAUGAGAUAUAAAUUUUAGUUAUAUAUUUUCCAAGUAGGUGCAGUUCCACAAAAAGACAGAAAUUAAUGGCCAUGAGCUCCUAUUUGAUCAACUCCAACUAUGUGGACCCCAAGUUUCCACCUUGCGAGGAAUACUCACAGAGUGACUAUUUGCCCAGUCACUCUCCGGAUUAUUACAGCUCCCAGAGAGAGGAGCCUGCUCCCUUCCAGCCGGACUCUCUUUACCACCACCAUCAGCACCACCCGCACCAGAACCACAGCCAGCAGCAGCGAGCCGAGCCUCCAUACACACAGUGCCAGCGUGGAUCGCAGACCGCUUCGGUGGUGAUGUCCCCACGAGGUCAUGUCGUCGCCCCGACCGGACUGCAGACCACUCCACUCCCGGAGCAGAGCCACCGCUGUGAUUCCGUGACACCGAGCCCGCCUCCACCUCCGUCUUGCGGUCAAACACCCCACAGCCAAAGCAGUUCUUCCCCAACAAGCACUCGUAAGGACCCCGUAGUGUACCCGUGGAUGAAGAAAGUUCAUGUAAACAUCGUAAGUUCAAACUACACUGGGGGUGAGCCGAAGCGCUCGCGAACGGCCUACACGCGCCAGCAGGUUCUAGAGCUCGAGAAGGAGUUCCACUACAACCGGUACUUGACGCGCAGGCGCAGGGUGGAGAUUGCGCAUACGCUGUGUCUGUCGGAACGGCAGAUCAAAAUCUGGUUCCAGAACCGGAGGAUGAAAUGGAAAAAGGACCACAAGAUGCCCAACACCAAGGUCCGCUCUGGAACAGGCAGCAACAAUACAAACUCCCAGGCUCUAGCCGGAUCCCAGAGCCGUUCUUCCGGACCACUAUAGCCCAUUCUUUGGCUGUUUGUCUGAUGCAGGCAAUUUGUCCUUCCCCCUUUGCUCCCUGAAUCCCACACUGAAAAGACGGGCCUGACACGCUUGCAACCACCGGAACCUGCACUUUGGGCCGGAAUGUUUUUGGUAUGGGGGGAGAGAGAGAUGUCAUAGCCGCCGUUCUGGCCCUGAUCUGCGCUGAUGUUUCUCACAAUAAUAUGACCUUAUGAUGUAAAAAGGGAUGGCAAGGGAGAUUUCCUUUAUAUAUGAAAAUGAUCAAAACUACCCGAAGAAGAUGAAAGAACUAAGAGAACGUUGCUUUCGCCCGCUUUCCUUCUUUGCCUUCCUCUCUGUACUCGUCCUUUUAUAAUCCUCUCUCUCCCCCCUCUCUCUCUAUUAUCCAUCUCUCUCUCUCUAUUUCAAACUCUUUCUCUCUCCUUCCCUCUGACAGAGCAAAGGGUGGUAGGCUGAAGAUACUGUUCCCAGCGCGUGUGUGGUUCUUUUCCUGUUCCUUUACUAUUCAAGACUUCUUUUAAUUUAAAGAUGUAUCCUCGUUUUCAUCUUUAUUCAUGCCAAAUUCUGCCCCCGUUUGUAAUGUUUAUUUUGUGGGUAUAUAGCAAAAGGGUGAACUGCUCUUCCCAAUACACCACUCCCUACGACAUCCGUACUACUACUACUACACACACACACACCAUCACCACCACCCUCUCCCCCAUUGUCACACUUAAGGCGCACGUGUAAUAUAUUGAACUCUCCUUUGGUCAAGUGAAGCAUUCUUGCACUCCAUACACACUCAUAGAAAAGCCACACGUGCUCGCUUACCUCUAUGUGUCCUUAUAGUACUUUAACAUACAAACCACGAUAUGAUCCAAAGUAACACCAGGCAGUUUGCCGUCUUGCUGUUUAAACUGGUGCUUUUGUUUUGUUAAACGGCGAACUAUAGUUCUUCAUUUUUAGUUCUAGUUCUUUUUGAAUUUAGUGUUGAAAUAUAAAAUGUUGUUGAUGCUGAGAGUGACGAUGAGCGUUUUGUGAUCAGUUGAUUUUUCGUAAUAUGAUGUUGUAUACAAGCAAACAGUGUAACAGGGUUAUUAAAGUGAAAUUAAGUAAUUUCCAUCAACUUACAAAAGACACUAAUGAUCACACCAAAAUCCCGGUACAGAUACUUUAAUGAUGACAGAAACACAGCACUAUACGAUGUACUACCUAUUACCUCAGUUCUGUGUGUGUGUGUGUGUGUGUGUGUGUGUGUGUGUGUGUGUGUGUGUGUGUGUGUGUGUGUGUGUGUGAGAGAGAGAGUGUGCUCGCGCGUGCGUUUGUGUCUCUAUCUAUACGCGCUGGAUCGGACGAUAUCGAUAAGUUUAUUUUUUUAUGUAAUUUUUUUCGCUCGUUUAAUGAAGUGAAAGCUUUCUGAGCUCCUAUAUUUUUAAAAUUGUGUGAAAAUAUAUUAUUAUUAUUAUUAUUAUUAUUAUUAUUAUUAUUAUUAUUAUUAUUAUUAUUAUUACCUGCCAUACAAAAAAUCUUGUGGACAUUUAAAAAGACAAUUCCACAACUGUGCAGCAAAGAGACAUUCAUACAAACAAGUAUCCUCUGCAUGAAAAGUGAUUUAUUUCUUUUUAGAUGCCCCUUUGUUCUUUCUCCGCGCAUUAAAUGCGCGCGCACUUCAUUUUCUCUUUGCCCCUUCCUCGUUUAUUCUUUCACUUUGUGUCUCUUUUUAGAUAUUUUAUUCUAAAAGUGUUAUUUCUUUCCACUGAUGCCAUUUUCUUAACAUUCCAAAGAUCCCUUUCGAUCGUUAUUGAUGAAAUGGUGCUGGUGAACAUGUGUUACAUCCCCCGAUGUGUAUGUUGCUCCGUCCUCUUAUUUGUAAAUAGUCCAUAGACAUUUAAAUAAAUGACUGAAAACGUACCCUUUCUAUCUUAUUAUUAUUACUUGUUAUUUUUCCAUUUUCUAUAUGUAAAA